GGGGUGCUUGUUUCGUCCGCGCGCAUUGUGAGCGCGAGACAAAGUGUCGCAGGCGGCCCAUUCUCGGGAGCGCCGAUGCCCUCCGCUGCUGCAGCCGUCUCGCCCGUCGCCUCACGCCGCCGCUAGAAGAGGACGGCGCAUCCAUUCUCUGCCUCCGCUGCCUCCUCCGCCGCCGCCGGGUGACGCAGUGUGCUGUGUGUUUUGUGUGUUCUGCUCCGCUGCGGUGUCCGAGCGCCGGGCUCUGUUCUCCUCUCGCGGCGAGAACCUCCGUGGACGCGCGCUCGAGGACUCCGUUGUCGUCGCACCGUCCUGCUCUACGAGACCGCCUGCCAGCUGCCUCGUCGCUGUGAUCCUGGCGCGCUUCAAUGGUCAUUCUGAGCAUGUCGUCUAAGCGCAAGAGUCCGCCCACGAAACUGUCGACGGACGAGCUGCGGACCGAGGACUACCAGGAGGACGGCCACCAGGAUGACGAGGAGGACGAGGACGAAGACGACGACGACCAGCGGGCCCCGCUGCUGUCGCCGUCGCUGCGGGUCUCGGGGGACGGGGGCCUGCUUGGGUCGCUCAUGAGGCCCCCGGACACCCUGAUGGAGGAGGACGACGUCGAGGACGAGGACGUCGAGGACCGCGACGACGACGACGGCAGGUCGGACAGUCUCGGUUCCGACGCCCUCGCCCACAGCCCCAACGGGAGCGCCUGCCACCCUCGCGACCUGGGCUGUCCGGGCGGCCUGACGUCUCGGCACACGGACUCCGAGGACUCCGACGCGUACCCCGGUGGGCCCUGCUCGCCGUGCGCGCCCGCGUCGCUGCGUCCGACUCCGCCGCCGCUGGCGUCGGCGGCGUCCGAGGCUCCGCGGCCCAAGAAGUCCAUGGACGACGUGCUCAAGCGCCUCACCUCCAAGAUGCACUCGAGCGCCACGCUUGCCGAGGGACCCGCCAGGGCGCCCUUCGAACACAGGUCUCGCGGCAGUUCCGGCGCGGCGGAGAGCGAGCACCCGAGGCGUCGGACGUCGGGGCUCCAGCUGGAAGGGGACACCCUCCGCCUGGCGUUGUCCGGCGGCAGCUUGCGGGACAACGAGCGCCGCCUCACGGACAUGAUCAACCAGCUCCAGCAGCUCCGAGACCAACUCCUGGUCCAGCAGCGGCUCCAGAUGACUCAGCUGGAGCAAGAGGGCCUCGCCAACCAGCACCAGCAAGAGGAGUUGCGACGACAGCAAGAGCAGCUCCUCGAACAGCAGCAGAAGUUGCACGACCUGCAAGCCCGGCUGAGCGGCCAAUACUUGGCCGCCGCCUCCGUGUCCAAGGGCUUCCUACUGAUGCCCAUGCUGGAGGCGACUCUGCCCAGAGUACCGGCCAGGCCUGUCUCUUCGCCCACGGCUGCGCACACCCCGCCAACGGCCGCCAUGUCCCCGCUCCAGCCGUGGGUCUCUGGCGCCGGGCCGCUGCUGCCGCUGUCCGGAAGCCCGCUCACGCCCACGGUGCGGUUGGGGCCCGGUGGCCCGAGUCCCGCGUCCGUCGGGUCCGGGAACCGGACGCCAACCCCGAGCGCGGCGCCGGACCCGGCGCCCGACUCGGACACGCCCCUCAACCUCAGCAAACCCAGGGGCAGUUCCUCGGGCAGCACUGCCAGCAGCAUUAGUGGGAGCCCAACACCGGCGACGAUAAAGCACGAGCUACGGGAGUCGGAUCGUGGGUCGAUAUCUCCCCGGGGGUUCCAGCCAGGGAUCUCGCCUCAUUCAGCAGCAAGCCUGCUCAGUGCUACCGCAGCUAGUGCUCCGAUCUCGAUGGGCUCACCAUUUCUGUCGGCCGCGGCAGCGUAUCCCGGUCUCCCGCCUCAUUUGAGAGCACCGGCUAGCAUCCCAGUCUCCCUCUCCAGUCUCAUGGGACACCCAGGAAUACCCUCCUACACAGAGAGGUUGGCGAUUCUAGGUGGCCUGCUCUCGGGCAGCCUGGGGGCCAAGGAGAUGAGUCACCACAGCUCCCUGGUCGGGCAGGACAAGCCCUUCCCGCUCCACCUGUACCUGCCCCAGUCCACGGGUGCCCUGCCCAGGCCGCCAAACUCCUCGGCGUCGCGCAGGGACAACGACAGCUCCGCGUCCGAGACGGAAACGAAAGGAUCGGGCAAGAUAGCAGGUGCCAAGAUCAUCCGCCAGACGAAGAAGGACCCCGAUGGGAAGCCCCACAUCAAGCGGCCCAUGAACGCCUUCAUGGUCUGGGCCAAGGACGAGAGACGCAAGAUACUCAAGGCCUGUCCUGACAUGCACAACUCAAACAUCUCAAAGAUACUCGGGGCCCGGUGGAAGGCCAUGUCCAACUCGGAGAAGCAGCCAUACUACGAGGAGCAGUCUCGGCUGAGCAAGCUGCACAUGGAGAAGCACCCGGACUACCGGUACCGGCCCCGGCCCAAGCGCACCUGCAUCGUGGACGGCAAGAAGCUCCGCAUCUCCGAGUACAAGUCCCUCAUGAGGGCCCGAAGGUACCGCGAGGGCAGCCUGGGACUCCUAGACACCCCUCCGAGUCUCGUGAGCCCGACCAGCGUGGCGUCGCUGCUAGGGGCACCUUCUUCGGCGCCCUCGAUGUCUGCCGCGUCCAGCGCCGGCGACAUCCUCGGGUCGUUCUCGAGCAAACUCUCGCGGAUGCCGUCGUCUAACGGCGUCGGAGACUCCCACAGCAAACGGUCCUCGCUCUCGCCUGCCAGCUUCAUGGAGACUUGAGCCGCCGCGUGCGGACCCACCGGGCGACGUAACAACCCAGAAUCUCGUUUGACUCCGACCCCUGCCCUUCUGCCGCCCCCCUCUGCCCGACGACACGCGGCAGGACUUUGCGACGGACAUGAAGACUGAACUGGACGUGCGCAAGGACACCGGGGGGAGAGGGGGGCGUUGAAGACUAGGACGGACAGAAAAAGACAAACAAGUUGUUCUCUCUCUCCCAAGUGCAAUGUUUGUGUAUGCUCCUUCUCUCUCCCGCCUUUCCUCUUAUAGUUAUUUAAGAUUUUCGAAAGCUGCGGGGGUGGGGCGGUUUACAAGGCGCGUCCUUCCCUCGGCGGUCGCUGGACCCGCAAAAACCGCCCUCCUUUCCCCCCUUCGCAGAAGAGCGCGCGUACGCGACAGAAACGCGACAGCAGGCGCCCUUGCGUGCUUUUGUGACUCCGUGGGGGAGGGGCAUUCCCAAAAGAAAGACGCGAGGUUUGCGCGUGAUCUGAUGUCGAAGACGAUUAUGAUGAUGGGAUCACGGUGAGGGUGCAGCAACGGAAGGAAGAAUCACAUCGCCACCACCACCCUUUUUCUUUGUCGCGUUCCAUUCUCGUUUGUUCACGUUUUUAACUGCUGUUUUUUUUUUGUUCGUUUCACUGUUUUUCGUUGUUUUGUGACCGAGUCUUUUUGGACUUAUUUUUAUUGGCACUCGAUGCUGCUCUUUUUGAGCCACCUUUUUGGAGGCAGAGCGGCGGGUUUCCUGCCUGUGGACCCCGUUCCCCGCGUGAAGUCGUCGGUGGACGUGCGGUGUGACCCUGUGUGCAAGAAAUCUAUUCCUGCGGGGAAGAAAGAAGCAAGCCCCAGAGGCUCGCGUUUACGAUGUAGUCGUGCUGUGUCUUCGACCUCGCACCAAACGCACAUAAGGUCCCCCCCCCCCUUUUUUUUUCUUUGUCGUAAACAUGCUCAACCAUUGUAAACAUGAGAUCUAGUCUGUGAUGUUACAUUUGAAGGCAUGGCAUUAUUUUCGAUGUACAAUGACCCCACUUCAAAUGAGCCUGUUGUCGGGUCAGCUUCCUUCACUUCGCUAACAGUGUGUUCAAAGAGCCGCGGUCAUGUCUCUCGUUCCUCAUCUUCGUUCACUCCAAAAUACUUCCGUUCCUUCUCCGCAAAUACUUUGCGGCUGCCGAGGGCUCGGAACGACGACUGCGCUAUGCGGCGCAAUGCUUCGUCGUCCCUUGCAGCUUCGGGCAAUCUGAUUUCUGUACGGAGCCUGCCGACUUGACCUUGGAAGGUUUGCUGCUCUUUGCGACUUUGUUUCCUUACGGACAAGUGGACUUUACGAGUGCCGGACGCAUGCAUGUUUUUGUUUUUGUCCGGACGUAAAUGUCUCGCCUGUAAAAAAAAAUAAAAAGACAAAAGGAAACUGACUGAAAGGUUGACCUGCAUAUGUGCAACUUGCAUUCUUCCGAUUUCCCAUUGACAACCUCCCCAGCAGGGAAUCGCUGCGAGUGCGAUUAUGACUCAUAAGCAUAUUUAUCGUGCCCGUUUUUGUAAGAUACUGUCAUGACGUGUCUCCUCAUUGUUCUGUUUGUGUUGUUGACUACAUUUUUUUUUUUUCUUGUUUUACUUAAGCAUGUUCUACGACGGAAAUGCAUUGGGUUGCAUCCCGAGAAAUGUUUAGUGUGACCUUGACAAGUGGCAAACUUGGGACUUCGCAAAGGUCUGCUGAAGUUGUCGCCGACGCUUUCCUGCAUGACAUGGUUUCUCGACAGCCGGAAACUGCAAUCUGCAGCAGUUUGUUGGACAAAUGAUUAGCUGCAUUGUAUAUGUAUAUAUGAUAGCUCCCUUUUUUUUUAUGGCAAAUACAGUUAUCACUUUUGGAAAUCAAAAUUUAAGAAAUUUGUUUCAAACAAAGCUUUUAGGUGGACAGGAGCAAUUAAGAUUCCAUAGUUUUUAGUUCCAAAGCUUAUUCUUAUUCCUGCCUCUUGACACAAAGUCCACUUGAGUGCUGUACUAAACUUUGGAGCACUGCUUACCUGACAACUUCUGCAAUUAGUCAGCUAGCCAACAUGGGAAGUGAGCAGUAAUGCGCCUGAGGCCAUCUUAAAAUAUUUGGCAAACCUAAGAAACAUUUGAAUCGAUCGAGUAUGUAAUCUUCCCUUCCAAUUAACAAACUCAACUGUUCAAAAGCAGCAGUCCGAUACAGUACCAAACUUGUAUUACCACGAGAUUACCACCACACUCUCUGGCAACUGCAUUUGUCUCAUAUGGAGAAUGCUAUAGCUUGAGCCACUAGAAUAUCGACUUUAAUCCCCAACUUUCUUGUGGGUGCCAUCAUUUUCGGGAUUUUUUCUUGCGGGCACUGCCUUUCUGGGGCUUAGUGAAGAGCGGCACAAUUGGCAUCCGUGACAAUUAAAACAUUUGACUUCCUGGGCUUUAGACACUUUGUCAGGAAGCUCAAGCGAUAUUGCUUAGCUUCAUCGCCGACUGCAUUAACAUUUCUAGAGCACAAAAAAGCAUUUCCUGUGAUUUCAGAUAAAGCUUCAAACAACUGGCAACAAUGAUUUUAAGCACCAAGAUGGCUGAAGUGUUGCUACUCUGAAGCAUGGCUUAUUUAGUGGCUCUAGUUAUAGCAGAUGGUGGCAAUAAAAUAUACAAGAAAAGAAAAGAGAAAAUAAAGGUGCAAUUAAUAUUGUAAGAUCUGUAAAAAGUUACUAAAAGCCCUAACCAUACAUCACAAUUUCACUAUGCACACUUUUGGCACACGAGUGAAACGGGAGUCGUCUGCCGAAGCGCAGUUCGUGGAUUCACCCGAGCGGUAUUUGGUGACUGGCUUUCAAAUGGCAUCAGACGACAUGUCAUGGGGACAGCAAUGAUCUGAAAUUCUCUGCGCACAGAGAUAUAACUGAAUAGAUCUGCAUGACCUCGCUCACAGUCGCAAAAUCCUAGUCGUGACGCAAAUGCCAUGCAAGUUUUUGUAUUUUCGCCGGGAUCUUCCAUAUUCCACAGACCAUUUUUUUUUUCUUCUUUCCCCUUCAAGUUUGCAUGUUUUCUCUAACUGACCGGUGGAGUUGCGACACAAAGUAUUCUGUGGAAUCCUUCAUAUUUUUUUUUCUUGUUUCUGGAGCAGUAUUUAUUGCAAACGUUUUUUUUUCCUUCCUUGAUUACUGACUUGGCCAACACUUGUUGGCGUGAAUAUGAGGUUCUCUAGCAGUAGAAAAACAGUGACUUGUUAUUGUAUGUUAGAUUUUAAGACCUUUCAAGUAUGCCUGUCCAUCAACGGAAAACCCUGUGCACUCGAAGUCGACACUGAUCUAAAGAAAAAGAAACUUUCCGCCUCUUUUAGACUGCUCAGUGCCCUUCCUUGCGUGAGUGGUUUUAGCGCUGUUUACUAUGUGUACAUUAUAGACCAAUUAAAAUCGCAGACAAAACAGUGGA